UGAAAAACUUCUGGACAGAAUUAAAUAUGUUGCUCGAAGCUGCAAAGAAAUUCGUGACAAGUAUCAUGUUUAUGAUGACGGCCUGUACUAUCUGAUCUCAUCAAGAGGAGUCCUUUACCAGACAUUCUGUGAUAUGACCACUGCUGGAGGUGGCUGGACGCUGGUGGCCAGUGUUCAUGAAAACAACAUGUAUGGAAAGUGCACUGUUGGUGAUCGCUGGUCUAAUCAGCAGGGCAGCGACCCAAACCGGCCUGAUGGUGACGGGACAUGGGCAAACACAGUCACAUUUGGAGCUGCGGAAGCUGCUACAAGUGAUGAUUAUAAGAAUCCUGGAUAUUUUGACAUCGGGGCACAGGAUGUGUCUGUGUGGCAUGUUCCUAAUAAUAGUGAGUUGGAGCACUGGACCACUGCCUCCAUCCUGAGAUACCACACUGAAAAUCAGUUCUUAACCCUACAUGGAGGAAACCUUUUCAAUUUAUUCAAGAAAUUCCCUGUGAGGUUUGGAAUCGGGACAUGCAACAUUGAUAAUGGACCUGCUAUUCCAAUAGUGUAUGAUACUGGAAGUACGAUAAUGACCAAAAAUCUGUAUGGUCCAAAUUCAAGAGGAAUAUUUGAGCCUGGAUUCAUCACAUUCAGAGUCUUCAAUACCGAAAAGGCAGCUAUGGCUAUUUGUUCAGGCGUUAAACCAACCGGUUGUCACACCGAACAUUUCUGUAUUGGUGGAGGUGGACACUUUCCUGAAUCAGCUAGACAGUGUGGGGACUUUACAAGUUUCGACUGGAAUGGAUAUGGUACUAAUACAGAAUGGAGUGCUUCCAAAGAGAUAACUGAGGCAGCUGUACUUCUCUUUUAUCGCUGACACUCUGACGAGUCUAAAAUCUUCUCAUUGAGAUAUAUUACACUGAAUAACACCUGAAUGUUAUAUGCACAAUUACUUUCACAAAUGUAUUUCAUUACAAUAUAUAUCCUUUAUCAGUCUGUACUCUAAGAAUGCAUUUGCGUUCUUUGUGUUUGGUGUUUGUCACUAAGGAAAAAAAUAACCUGUCAGAUUAGCCAUUUAUUGAGCCAUUUAUAUCUAACAUACUUUAAACAUACUUUCAAUGUUCAUGCAUUUCUUUUUACAAUUGUUCAAAAGUGGAGCAAAUGUAUAAUGUUUCAAUAAAACAGUGGACUG